AUGAUGGCGGUGCGUGAACGCGCAGUAAAAGUAAUGGCUGCUCUGGAACGGCGGGUGCCUUGUCUCGAUGAUUUCGUUGGCCAAAGCUGGAGCGUUUGGGCGGAAAGAGCCAAUGUGACUUUAUCGGAGGGAUCUGAUGCUGAUGAUUGUGGCAAGAAUGGAAAGAAAACGACAGAAACGAUGACACUGAGGAAAGAGGAUAUGUCCAUCUUUGGUCACUAUCCUGGGCAUGAUGAGUUCUACCUGGUGGUGUGUAGCCACUGCAGUCAGGUGGUUAAGCCUCAGGCUUUUGAGAAGCACUGUGAGAGAAGACACGGUCCCCUAGCCAAGCUCUUUGCACAUCUCCGCUCAAAUCCACCGGCUUCUCAGCAGCGCCCCCGCCCUCCUCACACCGCGUCCUCCCAUGGAACAGCUUCAUGGACCGGAAGGAACCAAGGUGUUGGGCCUCCUCGGACAGCGCCACAGUCCCCCUCCACACCUCCUCAGUACAGACACUCCAAGGCUCCCAAAGAGGGUGUUCGCCUCUCGCCUCUUGAAAAGACCUCCAGCUCCGGUCACUCCGAAUCAUCUGUCUUCAAGCAGCCGCCACCCUUGGAGCCUCCUCGGAGCUCCCCGCCACCGAGCCUCCGAGACCCCCCCUGGCCCCACGGAAGCCCCUCGCCCAGCCGAGCGUCACCUUCUGAGAGGCCUCUGGCCCAAAGGGAGGGGUUGAGUUCUGCGCCUGUUCCCGCUCACCUGCGUGGACCCAGGACCUACAAGAUCUCCAGGAAAGAAUUGGAUUUGGACAAGCAUUGUGGGGUGUUGGAUCCAGAGAGAAAGAAAGUUUGUACUCGGCUCUUAACCUGCAAUAUUCACUCUAUUCACCAGCGCCGGAAGGUUCUGGGAAGAAGUAAAAACUUUGACCAGCUGGUGGCAGAGCUUAAGAUGAGUUCAAAAAGCCGUGAGCGCGUGGCUCAGGUACCGGAGGGCUCUGCCAGUCAGUCUCCAAGCCCAGAGCCCCCCAGGGACUCCACGGGCUCCCCGCACUGCAGGAGACCUCUAACUAAUUCACCUGCCUUCAGGACCAGAGCGUUGUCUGAGAGCGGUCAAGACGAGGAGAAAUCGCUUCAGGACGAGAGCACCGCACGUCCACCCUCCCCUCUCCCACCAGGUCGCAUCUCCAGCGAAGAGAGUGAGGGCGAGGGUGUGGAUGAAGCCAUCGAAUGGCAUUCGUCGCCAUGGCAUCCCAAACCACUUGCGCUCUGUUCAUUUGGCAGUCAUGCGGUGGGCCAUGGCAUCUUCACUUUCGAUCGGCGGCUGCACCAUCUGCGGUCAGCCAUGAGUGCAAUGUUGGAAAACCAUCUCAAUGCAUAUCUGUGGAAGAAAAUACCUCAAGCAACAGACCUUCAAUCCCAGAUUUCCCCACCCAAACCUGCAGCCAUCACCAUCUCCCCUUCCUCUAUCUCCCAGCAUUCCAAAAUGAGGGCAGGAAGUCAAAAUUCGACCUCCCUCAGGACCUCUUACUCUUCCCAUAACCCAGGGAAGGAGCUACAUGCACAUAGUUCCUCUACCAGCAAGGCUUAUGGUCAAUCAGAGAACUCGGGGGGCAGCCAGUCUGUGGCUCCUCCCAAGCCUGCACGCACCCCAACUCAGUCAGGACCAGGUAGGCCCAGGAACCCUGUAGGGAGACCCAGCAAGCAGCAGCUUCGCGUCAGGGAAGCAGAGCGAGCUGCCGCCAGUGCGGCAGCCGCCGCCGCCGCCGCCCUGCGCAAGCGGAAAGCCUCGUUCAGCGAAGAGGAGGGCGUCAGCCCAGAUAGGAACUGCGUGUCCCAGGAUCGUGGAAGACCAAUCAUCUCUGGUAAAACACCGUCGGCCCCUCACGGACAGACAAACGGAUCCCUUUCACCCGGGAGCAAGCCGCGCCCCCAGCUGUCCCCUUCAGAGCCCCAUACCCCUUCUUCCUGGGCGUUCAAGCGGACCCACCUCCCCUCCCACCAUUCUCCCCCUGAACCUGCGCCCCACAGUCGAGGGGGGGACUCAGGACUCCACAGCAGGGCUGCUAGUUAUGAUCACAGAGGACUGGGUAAGAAACGUAAGAGCAGUGCCUCCCCUCCUUCCAAGCCCCACCGGCUGCCUACCUCUUCCCACACAGGCUUCUAUCCCUGGAAAGAUAGCAAAGUGGGAGGGCUUUCUGUAGGGGUGGAGAAGAAACUCAGCACACCGAAGCCAAAACUGCACCACUGAGAGUGCCAGCCUUACAAGCCACUAAGAGAGGGAGCCCUACGAAGUGUACUGUCUCAGACUGUGGGCACAGGAC